GACGGACAACAACAAGACGGUUCAUCCGAGUGCUGCUAGCCCUUUAGACGAGAAAACCUGUCGUAACUUUGUGAAAUAUUUGGAUUUAAAUUAAUUGUCAUUGUGACCCUUGUGUUGGAAGGGUCUCAGUAGACGGAUAGAUGUCUGAAGCAUCGGAACUUCCUAAUAAAGAAGAAGAAGAGGAGGAGGUCACGCCUGAACCAGAGGAGGCAUCCAGCGACAGCAGCGGGGAAGAGGCUGCAGGAGACACUGAGAUGGACUUCCUGCGUAACCUCUUCUCCAGCACUCUGGGCCUCGGCUCUGCAGACAAAGUGUUGGAUGAGCUGACUCUGGACGCAGUUGCACAAUACAUAAAGAGCGGGAAAUGUAAAAACAUCAUCUGCAUGGUUGGGGCAGGAAUAUCCACAUCUGCUGGGAUCCCUGAUUUCCGCUCACCAGGAACUGGCCUGUAUGCAAACUUGCAAAAAUAUAACCUUCCGUACCCAGAGGCCAUCUUCCAGAUAGAUUACUUCAAGAAACAUCCAGAGCCUUUCUUCGCCCUGGCCAAGGAGCUUUACCCAGGACAGUUUAAGCCGACAAUCUGUCACUACUUCAUCAAGCUGCUGAAGGAUAAGGGGCUCCUGAGACGUUGCUACUCACAGAACAUCGACACCCUGGAGCGCGUGGCCGGGCUGGAGGGAGACGAUCUCAUCGAAGCUCACGGAACGUUCUACACCUCCCACUGUGUCAGCUUCUGCUGCCGCAAGGAGUACAACCUGGACUGGAUGAAAGUUAAAAUCUUUUCUGAUGACAUUCCGCGAUGUGACAAGUGCAACAGUUUGGUGAAGCCAGAUAUCGUCUUCUUUGGAGAGAAUCUGCCCGUCCGGUUCUUCACUUCUAUGAAGUCGGACUUUCCUCGGUGUGAUCUUCUCAUCGUCAUGGGAACGUCUCUGCAGGUCCAACCGUUUGCAGGUCUGGUCGGCAGAGUUUCUAAAAGUUGCCCCAGACUGCUGAUUAACAUGGAGAAGGCAGGGCAGGCUGAUCCUCUGCUGGGGUUGCUGGGUUUCGGAGGAGGGAUGGACUUUGACUCAGACAAAGCAUACAGGGAUGUAGCUCACAUCAGCACCUGUGAUGACGGCUGCUUGGCUCUAGCUGAGCUGUUGGGAUGGAAGGCGGAGCUGGAAGACUUGGUGAAGAAGGAGCACGCCAGGAUCGACAGUCAGGACCAGAAAGAGAAGGCCAGCGAGAGCAAAGGAGCUGCAGCCAAGACCAGCUCCGCUUCAGUGGCGCCGGAGCCCAAAAAGGAGGAGUAACACGUUAAAAAAGGGCUCUGAUUCUAAGAAAAGCUACUGUAGUGAUGUCACAGCUGGGAGUUGGCCCUCAGAGGGAGAUGAUGAUGAUGAUAUCAGGGUUUUUGUUUGGAAGUGAAGCUUUGAGUCUCAUUUUCCAUCUGCGGACAUUUAAUUCUGUCUCACAGGACGUGUGACAUCGCUGAGUUUGAUGCUUCUGUUUAUCAGUCAUUUGCACUUUACUGACAUUAAUCUAAUUUCCUAUUUUUCUUUAGCAUUAGCUCUCAUCGGCCUCUUCUGUAUAUUUCUUUCUGAGGCAGUCAACUCUCUGCAUGGGCAGAUUUUACUGCAGUAGAUGGUGGAUUUAUUCAAGAAAAGGUGGUUAAUAUCGCCUCAACCUCGACUGUGUGAUCAUGACUUUACUGCAUUAUAGAACGAGCUGUGAACACAUCUGAUGGAGUGAUUUUGGGAAAUCCUCGACAACUCUCUUUACUUUGAUUAUCUGAUGUCAGUUUGAGAUCGCAAGAGCUCAGAUAAUUGUAAAUAUAACAAUAGGAUCAUUAAUUAAGAGCGACUUUUAAAAUGUUUUAACCCUCAGGGCAGGUUGAGCGCAUUUUACGCACUUUUUAUUCUUCAUUUGUUAAUAGUUUUGGCUGUGGUCAUGCAUUUGGCAGUAAUUUUCGACAUGCAUUGUGUAUUUUUAUUUGAUCUUGUUAUUUCCAGCUCAGCUCCUGUAUUAACCCUUUGAUGCACAACAUACGGUCAAAAAUGACUCAUUCAUCCAAAUUUGAUUUAAAAUGAUAUGACCUAAUACUAUAAUAAUAGUAAUUUGUUUCAAAUAGUUACUUUCCACACUCAUAUAUUUAAUAUAUUUAACAUGUUUAUGUAUCAUUUUGUCACACAAACAGUGUAUCUGGUAGGUUUUCACAGCGCUUCACUUUUUCCACAUUUUUUAUGUUUCAGCCUGAUUCCAAAAUUGAUUAAAUUUGUUUUUCCUUAAAAUUAUACACACAAUACCUCAUAAUGAAUUUUUUGACCCAUGUUGUACAAUAGAAGCGUAGUGAUACAAAAAGGGUUUUUAUUCAAAAAGUAAGAAAUGAAAAUAUAAAAUUA